CAACGUUUUAUGGAGGAUAGUCUGGUGGCUGCUGGGGCUCCGCUAUCGGAGGCGAAGGCGCAAACCGAUUUGUUACUCCACGCGGAUGUGGUUGGACAUUUUAGUCAUGGAUUAAAUCGACUGGAGUUAUACAUAAACGAUAUGAAAAAUGGUAUUUGCCAGCCCAAUGACAAACCGGUAGUACUAAAGGAGUCGGCUGCCACUGCUUGGGUGGAUGGUGUCCACGCACUUGGGGCCACAGUUGGAAAUUUCUGCAUGGAUAUCGCAAUUCAGAAGGCAAGGGAGAGCGGGGUGGGGUGGGUCUCUGUGAAAGGUUGCAAUCACUUCGGAAUGGCUGGCUAUUGGGCUCUGAAAGCGGAGCGUGAAGGUCUGAUUGGCAUGGCUUACACAAAUUCAGCGCCGAUAAUGACGCCGACACGGGCCAAGAAUAGCGCAGUUGGUACAAAUCCUAUUGCAAUGGCUGCACCAGCUGGUGGUGGAAACUCCCUGGUGGUAGACAUGGCGACAACCGCUGCCGCCAUGGGCAAGGUGGAGAUGCAAAUGCGAAAAGGAGAGAAAGUCCCUCAAGGUUGGGCUCUGGGACCAGACGCAAAACCGACCACAGAUGCAAAAGUGGCGUUUGAAUCUGGUCGCUUGAUGCCUCUCGGAGGGUUUGAAGAAACCAGCGGAUACAAAGGCUACGGUCUUGCUACCAUGGUGGAGGUAUUCUGCAGCGGUCUGUCAGGUUCUAACCCUUCACACAGAGUGGCAGGAUGGUCGUACACACAGGCUGUAUCUCCAAACAUGGGCCAUUGUUUCGUUGCAGUGGACCCUGAAAGGUUCGCCCCAGGUUUCCAAGAAAGAGUUAAGGAUUGUCUCGAACAUUACAGGAAUUUGGAGCCAGUGGAUCCAGCACUACCGGUCCUAGCACCUGGUGACAAGGAGAAAAAUAAUGAAGCUAAAACAAGAGAAAGAGGCACAAUUCUCUACCCGAAAGCACAGAUUGAGUCUUACAACAAAAUGGCGGAAAGGAUUGGUGUAAAACCUAUAGCAACAGCGUGA